UCCAACGGUCGCGCGCCCAAGCCAUGAAAGGGGAGGGGGCGAGAGCAGCAUGCAGGAUUUUAGAAUAUCUAGUCAUUCAGCUUCAGUAUGGAAAGAAAGGACAGAGCGAAGGGCUUUCUGCAGAACAAGAAACACUUGUGGUUUUUAUGGACAUAGAAGAGUCUCCCCAGAAGAUAAAUCAGUCCCACUGUGCUAUUGUCAUUUCAGCAAAGGGCGACUUUUGCCACCGACUCCUCAGGGAUCAGACACACAGAGAAAUGGAAGCCUUGCUGCCUUUAUGCCAGAGGAAAGCCCUGAGCGGAAGAGGAUGUCCUCAUGAAUCUCUACACUCCAUGCCUUUUCAGCUCUCUUUUAAGGUCUGUGAGAAGUCAGAAGUCCUUGCGGAGGACUGUUUAGCAAUGAAGCAGUUCAUCCAUAGGAUCAGCCUUGUCCACACAACGAUCAAGUUUCACUACUGCGUAAAAGCCAAUGGCCGAAUUUCUGCUGAGACCUACAGCGCAGAGAGUAGAGCCAGCGCAUGUUUGCCUGACGGGAGGAGGCUACUCAUUCAUCCGAAGCAUUUUAUGAGGUCAGUAUCGAGGGAUGCAACCUUGUCCUGCGACAAAAUCCACCUUGUGUCCGGUGAGCCAGUUGGCCUCUUUGUUCCAGAUGAAGUGGCCAAAAGAGGCUUCGGCGGGGAGCUACGGCUGACCCCUGUUGCGGCAAUAUGUCCCUGCCAGAAGCCUUUCCCUAACCAGCGAACAAGGAUCGCCACUCUCUCCGUGUUUCUUUAUGACCCAGCAGGACUGCCUAUAGCCUUACCUGCAAUGGAAGCAUCAUGCUCUUUUUUUGAAGACCCUUCAGGUUUAGCAGCAUGGGAGAGAUACGACUAUGUGGCAACACUGAAUUCAGAUCCCUAUUGGGAGGAAGAUACGGCAAAGCCUGACGUCAGAUACAGACUCCAUGCCAGCCAGAAACAUGACUUGCAAGAGACUUCCGAACAGACCUUGCUGCUCUUCCUUUUUCUUAAGCAUUCUGAUCAAUUUCAAGACAAGCCUUUCUAUAACUUCUGGGACCGGCAAUGAUCCUAUCCCAUUUGGCCCUAUUCUCCUGUGCAGCAAGAAGGCU